AAAAUUGUAGUUAUUUUUUUUUUAUCUUUUUAAAAUUUUCCAUAAUAAAAAAGAAGGCACUAAAAAUUUUGUGCCUCGAAGUCACCUAAGAAGCGCCACCCCUCACACAGACGUGCUGUAGUUAAUGCCCGUCUCCUCCACUCCUCCACUCCUCUAAUUCGACUUCUUCGACUCCCUUCCCUCCCUCUAUCUCCACAACUCCUUUGUUUUCCCUUUAUGAUGUCCAUUUUAGCUCCUUAGCAACUAUUCAGGGCGACUAAAGUUGUCCUUUUUUGGUCAAAAAUCUGUUACCAAACACACAUAGUGGUCUCUGACAAUUUACUUUUGCUUAUUUGUGUCCUUGUCUGUAGCCUACUACUCCCCGUCCUUUCAUACUUUGCUGCUGCUUCCUAAAAUUUGAAUUUAGGCAAAUGGGUUUUGCCUUAUAGCCCCCCAGCUUGACAAAAAAGCCAAAAAUUUGCAUCUUCUAGUGAUAAUUUCACAAUCAGGGCAAUUAAGAAGACUUAUCUCCUCCAUGGGUACAAUGACUGCAUCUUCUCUCUCUAGAGAGGCGUCAAACUAUGACGAGGUUUCUAUGCAGCAGAGCUUGCUCUUCUCUGAUAGUCUGAAGGAUUUGAAGAAUCUGAGAAGUCAGCUAUACUCAGCAGCGGAGUAUUUUGAAUUAUCAUACACAAAUGACGACCAAAAACAGAUAGUGGUGGAAACAUUGAAAGAUUAUGCCAUCAAAGCUCUUGUGAAUACAGUGGACCAUUUGGGUUCAGUGACAUACAAGGUUAAUGAUCUCUUCGAUGAGAAAGUUGAUGAAGUUUCUGGAACAGAGUUUCGCGUGUGUUGCAUUGAACAGAGAUUACGGACAUGUCAAGAGUACAUUGAUCAUGAGGGCAUCUCACAACAGUCACUGGUGAUUGACACUCCAAAGUACCAUAAGCGGUACAUCUUGCCAGUUGGGGAGACCAUGCAUGGUGCGAUCCGCACUAAAUCAAAAUACCAAGGGUGCAGCCUAGAUGAUGAAGAUGAUUGGCAUCAAUUUAGGAAUGCUGUUCGAGCUACAAUUAGAGAAGCCCCAUCAUCAGCACGGGAAACCCCGACAUCUUCAGCCAGGGAAACCCCAACAUCUUUGGUUAAUUCAAUGAGAAAGGGACGUUCCCCGUCACCUUCUCCACGACCUCCUCCACAACGAUCUGCAACGUUUUCCUUUACAUCUACCAUGCCCAAGAAAGAUCUAGAUAAGCGAAGCAUUUCACCGCAUCGAUUUCCACUCUUGCGUUCUGGUUCUGUGUCAAGUAGGUCAACAACUCCAAAUACAAGUAGGCCUACCACUCCAAGCUCUGCCCCUGCCAAAAAACGGUACCCUUCCGAGCCUCGAAAAUCAGCAUCCAUGCGUCUCCAGGCUGAAAAGGAAAAUACCAAAGACAUUGAACAAUAUCCCAGCAAAAGUAAGCGUCUCCUCAAAGCCUUACUUAGCCGGCGCAAAUCAAAGAAAGAUGAAAUGCUAUAUACUUACCUGGACGAAUAUUGACAGUAAAAAUGAUGAGAGAAAAAAAAAAAAAAAGCCAAAGGAGACAAGGAAUGAGCAACGACCAUGAACCUGCAGUUUUUCUAUUUUUCAAUACCCAUUUUGUACUCGAUGCAGUUGCCCCCCGCCGAGCAGUAGAUAAUAUUGUCAAGUAAAAGUCCUUUCAAUUGUAAUAUUAUUAUUGUGUACACCAUUAGACGAUCAUCCUACAUUUAUGGAUUUUGUUGAGUUUCACCAAGGUUAAUUAUCCUUGAAGAAAAGAAAAGGAGGUUGAUUAUUUAUUUUCAAAA